AACUUGUUGGUCAUUAACGAUUCAUGACAUCGCCAUGGUUCGUCUAUUGAUUUGCGAGCCCUCCAGAAAUUUGAAUGGCGUGUAUGUUUAUACGCCCCGAUCUACCUGCUUCCACCUCAGUUCGUCUGGCAAUGCUUGCCUUAUUGGUAGGCUAUUAGUAGUGCCGCCGCCGCAGGCACUGCCUUGAUAACGCUGCGACAGCAACAAGAUUACUCCGACAGCUCUCACAAUGCGCUUCCAGUCCCUAGUGGCAGCUCUGAGCUUAGGAUCAGCAGCUCUAGCAUUACAUGCCCAAUUUCCGGUCAAUAUCGCUGGAGAAACCGGCGGUCGACCCUUGGAUAUCGUCAAGUUGACCGCUGGCAAUGUAUCUCCAUAUAGUUCCAGCUCAAUCGCUGAGCAAUGGAGAUUCAACGAAGGUCCUCCCGAGAACGCGACCGGAAACUUGAUCUUCGACACUGUCAAUUCAUUCCUGCAACACUGGCCAAAUACACGAUACCGUAACGGACACAACAUAGUGCCAGGAGUGAUUCCAAUCGGUACUCUGCUUUAUCACGGCACCAGCCGCAAUACGAUACCCAGCGAGCCCGACUGGAUCGCUACAGAUCCGGAACAUUCUAUUCUUUUCGCUCGUCAUGGUGCGAGAGAUGGGGGUGGCUGGCUCCUCACGCUGGCAGCAACACGCCCUCUCAAAGUGUUGUACUUCGAUGGAAGUAGUGCUGCCAAGGUAAUGGACGGUACAAUGGACGUCCAGUUUAUAGUAGCCUGGGGAGAUUCGAUACCGGAGCGAGCCGGUGACAGAGAAGUGAUUAAAGUUCUUUGUGCGUGGGGCAAGAAGUUUGGAAUCGACGGUUUCGCGAGGAUGGAAAUGGACUUUGAAGUUAUGCUAUGUGACUUUACGGCCGGUGUCGAGGUAGUAUCUUUUCUGCAUAUCGUAGUACCGCAGGAAGAUAGGAGAGACCCUCUACCUGAUUCCGACGUCUCGAUUCGUAGCUUUGAAGUCAUGCACGCUGGCUCAUGGCACAAUCGCUACCCGGGAGAUUCGCGCAUCGUGCUUGACCUAACUGGUCUUAUCUCAUUGUAUGAUCCCGCACUGGCACCUUCCCUCGUCCCGGUUCGCGCGGGUCUUGAACGGUGGGACCACCGCGUGCUCGGAAUAUCAUCAGAGGACAUAUCGCGGGUGAUGAGAAAGCUCACCGAAGUUGUCAGUCGACCAGACACGGCAGGCAGCGGCAUUGACUGGAAGACCCUUUUCCACGUCAUCGUGGAUCGAUACGCGGAUCGACUCGAGUUGAUGCAGCAUAUUCUCAAUGUCACCUCAUCAGACUCCCAGGAACUCCUUCAACAAGCGAAGCUGGCGCAGGCCCAGCUCCGCGUUAUGCUUACGCCAUAUUUAUUACGUUCCACCAUCGUCCCCAGUCCAGGCACUUCAAACGCAGAUGCAUCGCAGUGGGCAUUCCCGAUGUUUAAGCAUUGUGCCACAACACACACUUCGGCGAUAGCAAACCGAAUGCCUUUUAUGACGUCUUCGGAACACUUGCUGCUGAAAGCUGUCGAGGACACAACGAGAGAAAUCUGCCGUGUCACCACGAAAAUGUGGGCUGACGGUGUUGCAAGGGGACUCGACACCCUCUUUCCAGUGGAAAUUGAUGGGGAGCCUGAAGUCACUCAAUUAAUGGAGGGGUGGAGACAGGACAUCCAUAAGUUAAUGUCUUGGUUAGACUGGAGUGUAUGGAUCAAAUGCCGACCUGCCUGCGGUCCAGAGGAAAUAUGCUUCCUCCCUACAUGGCCCUACAAUGCCCCCGGGCCAAGGCAUCCACCUCCGCGAAACCCACGGAACACCACGGAUGCCCCAGAAGGAGAUUAUCUCGCUAAUCGAGUCAAACCUCCGCCCGAAGGUCAAGCCAUCGCCGAUGCGCUCUUCUAUCUUGGAACGCCAGCAGAGGAUUGGAGAAAGCCUCAGCCAAAGUGCAUUAGGCGUCUCCAGCCGUACGGAUUUUAAUCAUGAUGGGUGUUUACAUUGUUAUGACAUAAUGAGUUAUCUUCUCUAAUAGUUCUUGAGCCUCUUCACGAGGUGUAUGGCUACUGGAGCUUGUAGACUGGUAUCUGUAUGCCAAGUGAUACAACACCUAAUAAGGGUGUACAAUACAGUUGUACCGUGAAGAAAGUGAAGCAUGCCUGCACCGCAGGUUUCUUGAUACAACGUUUCAAACGGCCUACCGAAAAUGAAACUCGAUGUGACAGCGAACGUAAGUAUACUGGAACUCUGCGAUAAAGCAGGUCGAGCGAACAGUGGCCAAAGACACAGGCAAAGUGAUAGAGGAUGCUCAGAGGCUCAGAGCCAUAAUUAAGAAGGAACGAAUGUCUUCCUUCUUAUCAUCAACAAAAGAGCCCGAAGCA